AUGGUCAUCUGCCAGACGAAAUAUUUCGCAGCAUGCAUGCUCGGCGGCAUCGUGGCAUGCGGGCCGACUCACACGCUCGUGACACCGCUCGACCUCGUCAAGACGCGCCGUCAAGUGGUGCCGGGGAUCUACAAGUCGAAUCUCCAGGGCUGGAGCUCCAUCUACGGCAAAGAGGGCCUCCGCGGCGUCUUCUUCGGCUGGACGCCCACGUUUGUGGGCUACUCGUUCCAGGGCCUGGGCAAGUACGGCUUCUACGAGAUCUUCAAGCACCUGUACGGCGACAACAUGUUCCCCAACAGCAACCGCACGCUGGUGUACCUGGGCGCGAGCGCCAGCGCCGAGUUCCUCGCCGAUUUGCUGCUCUGCCCGUGGGAGGCCAUCAAGGUGCGCAUGCAGACCACGCUGCCGCCGUACGCCAACAACCUGCGCGAAGGCUGGAGCAAGAUCGUCGACAAGGAGGGCUUCGCCGGCCUGUACAAGGGCUUGUAUCCGCUGUGGGGCCGCCAGAUCCCCUACACCAUGUGCAAGUUCGCCACCUUCGAGGAGACGGUCAAGAUCAUCUACAAGCAGCUCGGCAAGCCCAAGGAGAGCUACAACAGCCUGCAGCAGACGGCCGUGAGUUUCUCCGCCGGGUACAUUGCGGGCAUCGCCUGUGCCGUGGUCAGCCAUCCCGCAGACGUCAUGGUCAGCAAGUUGAAUUCAGACCGCAAAGCCGGCGAGGGCGCCGGCAGCGCCAUGUCCAGGAUCUACAAGAACAUCGGCUUCUCGGGCCUGUGGAACGGUCUCCCCGUCAGGAUCGUCAUGAUCGGCACGUUGACCGGCUUCCAAUGGUUGAUCUACGACUCCUUCAAGGUCUAUCUCGGUCUGCCGACCACGGGCGGACACUAG